AUGGAUAGUCCCGGUGACUGGACGGCUGCUGCACUUUUCUCGCCUUCGAAAGCUCGUGCUCAACAAGCUCAGCAACGUGAUUGGGCUGCGGUAGACAUUUGGCUGGCCAAACAAUAUGGCAAGCGUCUUCCUGCCUUUGAGCGGAACGAAGACACGUUGGAGGCCUUGCUGGCGCUAGCCAAUGUCAACGAAGAUGCCGAUGAACAACGUCUUCUAGUCGACAAAGUCGGACGACAGGCGCUCCAGGCGCAUGGCAGGACCAGUCCAGAAGUUGAUGACGUCUACCAGCGACUUCUCGAUACACUAGAUCAUGAUGGUAGACAGCAUCUUGAUAUCCUGGCUUCGCUCGCGGUCGAACUAGGGACGGCUGAGACUGCAGAAAUGGCACAAAGCAUAUGCAAUCUCACCGCACAACGCUUCGAGUUGUCUGAGCAGGUCGCUCGCUGCGAAGCUCAGCAGGCAGCGUUACAGCGAGAACUCCAGAAGACGAAGGCUGUCCUACAGAUUCUGCGUAACGAAGCAUUUCAGCCACCAAGUGAUCUGUCGGAGCAGACCGCAGAAAUGGCCCGAAGCACAAAGCAGCUGAGGACGAAACUGGUGGAAUACGAUGAGCGAACGAGUCCUUUACGUUCGAGUAGCAUUAUCGGUCCAUCUUUGGAGGAUGUGCUGAAGCAGGCUGCUAGUUCAGAAGCACAACAAGCCCGACUAUCCGCACUCGAGAACGAAUUAUGUGCGUAUGAGGGCUUGCCACCUGAUCCGAAGGCGGCGAAGGGGAAGCUGGAAGUCGCGCGAUCACAACUACCCGAGCGAGACGAGCGGUUCGAGGAGCUGGCUGAUGCGACAUGA